AUGACAACACCAGAUCUUGGCAACGGUGUUGGAGUGACAAGCUAUGAUGGUGACCUGAAACACAGACACUGUCCUUUUAAAUUUGUGGUUCAGUAUGUUGGAUGUAGUUCGUCUAGCUCAUUACUGCCUCCUAGUCUUGUCCAGUUGGUUAGUAAACAGAUGAACUGGCAGCUAGUUGUCGCCAGUAAUGGGAAACUUCUAGCUGUGGUUCAGGACCAGUGUAUUGAAAUCAGGUCUACACGCGAUGAAUUUGGUUCCAUCAUUGGAAAAUGUAUAGUGCCGAAGGAUCCACACCCACAGUGGCGCCAUGUGGCUUGGAGUUCUGACAGCACUCUGUUGGCUUAUGCUGAAAGCACAGGCACUGUGAAAGUAUUUGACUUGAUGGGCAGUGAACUAUUCAGCAUUCCACCGGGUGUCAGCUCUGUGGGGGACCUGAGUUAUGCUGUGGCGGGGCUGAUGUUUUUGGAGUACACCGCUAGUACUCAGUGGUCAGCAGAGCUCCUUGUUAUCAACUAUCGGGGACAGCUGCAAAGUUACUUUGUCAGUGUUGGCACUCACCAGAGUUACCAGGAAAGUCACAAUUUCAACUUCAACAGCUAUUAUUCUCAUGGUGUCACUUCAGCUAUUUAUCAUCCCGACCACAGGCUACUGUUGGUAGGAGGCUGUGAAACCAGUGAAGAAGGAGUCGCUAAAGCAACCAGCUGUGGUAUAACUGCUUGGAGAGUUCUGUCUGGAGCACCAUAUUACAAGCAAGUCACUGAUUAUGAGGAUGAUGUUGCUGCUUCACAGAGAAGAGGAUUGUUGAGGAUGUUUAAUUUUCGAAUAUUUGAUAGACAGGGAUCUGAGCAGGACGGGGUUUUCAAGAUGACCUUAUCUCCUGAUGGAAAACUCCUGGUUGUAAUCCAUUUCUCAGGUCAAUUGACCUUAUGGGAAAUUCCUUCCUUGAAACAACAGAAAGAAUGGAGGCAAGAUCUACAGCCUGGAUUUGAUGCCAUCAACCCUGAGUGGAUAAAAUCAUUAGAGAAAAGAAAGAAAGUCAAAGACAAAUCAUCGUUUUAUGCUCUCAUUGAUGUGAACUGGUGGGCUGAUAAUGCAAUAAUUCUGGCUCGCUGUUCUGGUGCUCUGACUGUGUCAUCUGUGAGGACAUUAAAAAACUUGCUUGGCCAAUCCUGUGAGUGGUUUGAACCAUCCCCGCAAGUCACUGCUACCCAUGAUGGAGGAUUUCUGAGUUUAGAGUGUGAAGUGAAGCUGGCUCACAAGAGGCAUCGUCUGGAAAAUAAUGCAUUAGAUGAUGAGGAGGGAGAGGACGACUCUGACUCGGAUGAAGAAUCUUCUGCCAAGGCCAAAUAUUUUGGUUAUAUCAAGCAGGGCCUUUACUAUGUGACAGAAAUGGAGCGGUUUGCUCCUCCUCGGAAACGUGCCCGGACAAUCACCAAAACCUAUAGGCUUGUUAGUCUGAGGUCCACUACUCCAGAAGAGCUCUAUCAAAGAAAGAUUGACAAUGAAGAAUAUGGUGAAGCACUGGUUCUUGCUCAGACCUAUGAUCUGGACAGUGAUCUUGUUUAUCAAAGGCAAUGGAGAAAAUCACUUGUUAAUAUUGCUUCCAUUCAGGACUACCUGAGCAAAAUUAAGAAGCGUUCAUGGGUCUUGCACGAGUGUCUGGAAAGAGUGCCAGAAAAUGUUGAUGCAGCCAGGGAGCUGCUUCAGUAUGGAUUAAAAGGGACUGACCUGGAAGCACUUAUAUCUAUAGGAAAGGGAGAAGAUGAAGGCAGAUUCAUUUUGCCUGGAGAUAUAGACAUUGAUGAGCUUCCAUAUGAGGAUUACAUGUCUCCCAUUGAAGAGAUGGAGAGGAAAAAGGAAAGAGAGACUGCAAAGCGAUGGGAGCUGCUUAAAUUGGUGGAUUUUUCCAUGCUGACACUGGAACAGAAGGAGCUCUGUCGCUGUAGACUGAAAUUACUAACCUAUCUAGAUCACCUAGCAACGUAUGAGGAAAUUCUCGGUGGACCUCAUGCUGCAGAGCAAAGAUAUGAUUCAGAAUUCUUCAAGAAAUUUAGAAGUCAGAACAUUGUAAUGUCAGCAAGAACUUAUGCCAGGGAAAGCAACGUUCAAGCUUUGGAGAUUCUGUUUACCUAUCAUGGAUCAGAUUUGUUACCUCAUCGACUGGCCAUUCUUUCAAACUUUCCUGAAACGACCUCACCUCAUGAGUAUGCCACCCUCCUUCCUGAAGCUCGAUUUGAAGAAAAUGGUGAUUUGUUCGCAUUGCCAUGGAAUGAACAAAGGCAUCAAGACCAAGAUUGGUGUGAGGAACCAAAUGUCAGAAUUAUCGUGGAAUGUUGUUCCCAGGAUGUAGCUGAAUUUCUUUAUGAAGAACAGUCUGAACUUUUAGAAUAUAGGACCUUUGAGCCCUCUGUUCAAUUGCUCACUGAUUGGUAUCAGAAGCGCGCAGAGGAGAUUGAGAGCUAUUCCAGACAGGUGGAUUGUGCCUUGUCUCUUGUGCGUUUGGGGAAAGAGAGAAACAUCCCUGGGCUGGAGGUACUCUGUGAUGAUCUCAUUACUUUGGAGACCCUGGUAUAUGAAGCAGAGGCUGACGCUACUCUUUCGUUGAAGGAACUACAACAGAUGGAGGAUAUUGAUAAGCUGAGACUGUUGAUGAUGAGUUCACCUGAGGAAAUGUAUAUAAAGAAUGUGUAUCAGUGGAUGGUUCCAUUUCUGCAUCGCUGUGAGAGUCAGAAGUCAGGAAUUGCAGAUGACCUGCUUAAAGAGUACUUAACAACAAAGGCCAAAGAGGAUUUAAAGUACCCUCUGAAGAUAUUUCAACAUUCCAAGCCUGGUUGCCAGCAGAAAAUUAUUUCUGACCAUCACCAAUUGAUGACACUAGCAUUAGAAUGUAUCUACAACUGUGAAAGAGAUGAUCAGCUCUCCAAGUGUUAUGAUGUACUUGAAUGUCUGCCACAGAGAGGCUAUGGUCAAGAAUCAGAAGUGACAAAAAUAUUGCAUGAUCAGGUCGACUUGUUGGAACAACAUCUGAGUGUUGCGGAAAUUUUGGAGAAGCAUGGUCUCCAGAAACCAAUCUCAUUUGUAAAGAUUACGCAAUCAAGCUUAGAGGAGGCCAGUCAGCUCAUGGUACGGUUAACUAGGCACAUUGGACGCAAGAACCCACCUGUAAGUGAGAACGAGUGGAGAGGUUUGCUGCAAGAUCUGCUGGAAAUGCAGCAAACUGUUUACAAGUGCCUGAACUCCAAUACAUGCUAUGAGAUAUUUACGGAGAGCCUGUUGUGCUCCAGUCGUUUGGAGAAUAUCCGAUUGGCUGGGCAGAUGAUGCACUGCAACGCUGUAUUUGUGGACCAGCCUGUUAGUGUUGCCUCCAGAGGCAAAGUGCAUUCCAAGGUCAGCUAUAAGAAAAGCAUUGAAUUGGUUCUUACCGCUGCCAGAGAAUAUUUUGACUCAUCAACCACCUUGACAGAUAAUUGCAUGGAUUUAGCCAGGUGCUGCUUACAGCUCAUCACAGACCGCCCCCCUGGCAUUCAGGAAGAGCUUGAUCUUAUUAGUGCUCUCAGCCUGUUAGAGGAGUUCAACAUGAAGAUCUUGCCCAUGCAAGUACGGAUGCGCAUAGAUCGACUCAGUCUCAUAAAAGAGUGCAUCAACCAGUGCCCGUCAGCUUAUAAACAGUCAAAAAAGCUCUUGAGGCUUGCGGAUUUACUGAGAGUAGCGGGCGAAGAUAAAGCGCAGAGGAAAGGACAGGUCUUGGUGCUGUUGGCUGAGCAAGCGUUCCAAUGCCUGGAUUACAAAGUUGCCAGUAUCCACUGCCAGGAGCUUAUGUCUGCAGGUUACAGUGAUGGUUGGCAGGUGUGCAGCAAACUAGGGCAAGCUGAAGGCUACCCUGACUUGGUCACUCGACAGGAAUUAAUGGCCUUCGCUCGCACUUACUGCCCUCCCAAUGUUAUCCAAUCUCUGCUGGCUGUUAGCAGCUCAUUACAGACACAGGUUCUGUAUCAAGCUGUGAAUUAUCAGAUUCAGCCGUCAGAGAGUUGUGAGCCUACGAAUUCUACAGGCUACACUCAGCAGACUGAUGCAAAGGCUUCAAGCAGUCAAUCCACUGAUCUGCUACAACGAACAACUGCUAAAACCAUGGAGGUUCUCAGCAAUACUUCUAUGACAACUAAGGCAGUGCUGCAUGCCGUCAGUGAUGCACAGUGGUGGAAGAAGUCCCUCAGUUACCUACGUCCUUUACAUGAUCAAAGACGAGAUGUUACAUUGACGGGGAUGGCUGGGGUUAAUGGAGAUUUGGAAAAUCAAGGCUGUCAUCCUUUCUAUGAGAUCCUCACUGACGAUCCCUUCAUUGACAAAAAUGAAGUUAGUUACACUGAUUACCAACACAGUGCUUUGGAGAACUUUGCAGAAGUCUUACUAAAAGCGGGUAAAUUGGCUGAAACCAAAAGUGAAGGAGAAAGCCUUUUUCCUGCCACAGAAGUUCUUUUACAACUAGCCAGUGAUGCUUUACCAAAGGAUAUGACUCUGGCUCUCGGCUAUCUUCUGGCCUUACCACAGGUUGCAGAUGCCAAUAAGUGUUUUGAGAAGCAACCUCAUUCAGCUUUGUCUCUCCAGUUGGCUGGAUACUACUAUGCUCUGCAGAUCUAUGUCCAUUUAAGUCCAUGUUUCAAGGACAAAUGUCAUCCACUCUACAGGGCUGAUCCAAAAGAGGUAAUUAAAAUGGUCACAAAAUAUGUGACUGAAAAUGCAGAUACAAAUUGGUCAGAAGAACUUCAGGUACUGAUUUAUCACCUUAACUGCUAUAAUGAGCGACUGACAGACUUCACACAAGCUCAGACACUUCAAGGUCUUGGGAAAGGAGUGGAUGUACAACGAUUUUCAGCAGAUGGCCAAUAUAAAAGGGAAACCAUUCUAGGCUUAGCAGAAACUCUGGAGGAAAAUGUGUACAAGAUCUCUCUGUCUCUGGCUCAGCGUUACAGCAUCCCACUCUGGGAGCUUUACAUGACGCAUUUGGAGUUCCUUUUCACAGACAGUGGGCUUUCAACGGCAGAAAUUGAGGGCAGAGUCCAGGCUCUUGAACUUUUUGCCACAUUGAAAACUAAUCCGGAAGCAUUUCUUGAGCACAUGACAAAGUAUGUUUAUCCAAGUAUUGAUGGUGUGGAUCACGUGAGACUGCUUUACUACUUUACCCUGUUGGAAAACUGUGGUUGUACAGAAUAUGUAAAACACCUCAUUAAGCCAGAAAUUCACAUAAGGCUGCUAAAGAAGCUGAAGGUUGUUGCAACUGACCUUAACUAUAAAAAGCUGACCGAUGGAGAUGCUGAUCCUUUGGAACCAUUGCAGCCAGUUCUCACCAGCCAGAACAUCUUAUCUAUUUCUAAACUGGCACCCAAAAUUCCUGGUAAAGAUGGAAUAAUGCUUUCCUCAAGCUCCAUUUAUGCAACGUGGCUUAGUAAGCUUUUCUGGAAUGGAGACCCUCAGCUUAUUAAAAAGCAACCACAGAUAAAGACCGAAUGGUUAAAUGCCUACGACACGUGUGCAAAAUACUUUGACAGGCUUUACCCUACAGACAUUGUCGGAUUCAUAGAUGGCAUCACUUUCUCGGCUAAUGCAGUGAGCAAGCUGACUGUUGAAGUCAGGUUCGAGAUAACUAAAAGAACAAUAAAAGCAAUCAAACAGAUCGGAGAGAAGCAGCUGAAAAGGGGACCAGAAGGCAGCAUCCCACUUGCACUGAAUUCUCAAAUCAGCUAUAAAGAGGCUUUGGAUCAUCUACAGCAAUCACUAGCUCAUCUGGAAACUCUCAACCACAGCUUUGUUGUCUCCUUGAAGGCCAGUGACCAGGACCAAUUCUCAAACUAUUACCGUUUGUAUGACCUGUCGAGAUCGGAGAGAAGUAAGCUACAUGAACUGGCAGUGACUAUGGUGCUGGAUGGACAGGCUCUUAAUAUCAUGCAACAGAUGCUGGCUGUGGCUGUAGAAUCUCAAAGUGUAUCCUCUAAGGCAGUCGUACAAGAUGCUGUACAAAGAGUUAUAAAUACGUUAAGUGAUGGCAGUACAGAUAUACCAUCAGAAAAAGAUCCACUUCAAAUUCUAGAAAGUAUUGUCACAUCAGUGCAUUCUGAUGUUGAGGAUGGGGGAAGGCUGGUAUCAUCAGAUGAUCUCUUAUCAUGGCUGAGACCUUUCUGUGGGGAUGCAGAUUUGCCUGUAAAACCUCGCAUUUAUGUACUGCAGAUUCUUGAGCAGGCAUUUCACCUUGGUGAUGAGGACAGCAAAUUGCUUGUCCUCUUCAGAACUCAGGCUGUUUUGAAAGCAUGCUGGCCUGACAGACAGGUUAAUAUAAGUGCUGUUGAGAACGAAGAGAAACGGUACCGACUCUUCUUGGAGCUGCUAGACUCCAGUAAUCAAGGAACUGAAUUUCAGCAUUUGGUGUUGCUUCUUCAAGCUUGGCCACCUAUGAAGUACAAAGACAUGUCAAGUGAAGAGGGCAAUGCUUGGAUUAAGCUUACAACUGCCAUGUUGACAAAGUGUUCAACUGAACAGAAAGGUGCCAUGGGAAGCGAAGUGCUUGCCAUCUGCCGUUCUCUUUACAAGACAAAGCACAGGCUACCACUUCAGUGUAUGAAACAGAUUUGGACUAUGCUGCUGGACAAAUCAUUGCUGCUGCCAGCCCUGAAACUUGGAAUAGAAAGUGAUGACUGUGAACUACAGACACUGGCAAUGGAACAGAUAAGAUCUGUCAUUCAGAUUGAUGACUCCAGCUGUGAUUCAGAGCUCCUUUCCUUGCUGCUGAACAAGAAAUUAGUGGUGGACUGCCUCUCUACUGCUUUCUACCCUCAUCUUAUGAAACAGCUUUUGGCUGGUGAGGAGGAGGGAAUCUGUACUGUGCAAGAGAUAGCAGAGCAAUUGAACAAAGCAGGCUGCACUGUAGAGGGAGGUUCUCUGCUGAUGUCGUACAAAGGCACCCAUCCAUCUCUAAGUACCUUUAGUGCCGCAUUAAAUGUUACAAAGAAAUGGCUGUGAAAGGGCUUUGCUACGAAGUACAAUUUGUUCAGUGCCUCAAUAAUGAAGUUACAGGUAAAGGGCAAAGUAUGGACUUUUUAACCCCGUUAAAUACUAACUUGGGUAAAGGUGACUGUAAUUGUUACUGUAAUUGUUACUGGGAAAGUACUUGUGUCUGAUGUUGAGUCCACACUAUUGAUGUAAACAUCUGUGGUUAUAUAAGCACCCGUAUUAACCAUUUGUUUCAGUAACUGACUUAUUUAGAAGAUAAGAGGGGAAAAAAGCCUCUUCAAAAAAAAAGGUACAAAUUUAUUAAAAGGCGACACAGCAGAUCGUGUGCAACUCAAACUCUCAUUGUGAAAUAAUGUAUCAAAAUUUUUGAAUAAAGUUACCAUUUUAAAAUA